AUGUAUCACUCUGGUAUCCUACUACCUUUCAUUUCACUACUUGCAUUUAUUUACACCUCCUACGUGCUGUGUCCUGGUGAUGCAGUAUCCUCAGAUUACAGAUUCUCCUCGUUUCGCUCAAUAUUUUUCAAGGGAACCCACGGUAGCCGACCUAUCUCAUACAGACACUUUACCAUUACAAAAGAUCGGCUAGAGCUGGGUACUUCUACUGGAACAAAUGCCGCCAUCUACUUUACCCGUUCACAAGAAUACCCCACGAUGCUCAUCGAUACACAGAAACCAGCCAUAUCUAACCCGGACAGCUUUGGAAACAGUAUGCCGAAACACAAAGGCGAAUAUUUGGCUGACAACAUAGAUCGUGUAUCCUUACCAGUUGCCACAUCUGAACCCUGGUCCAGUUCCAUCAGAACUUUUAUAGAAGAUAAAGAGUAUUUUUACGAAAGUACAAAAGAUUCAUAUAAAGAAUACAUUUUCAACUAUGCAGAUCACAUAUAUGAAAGCGAAGAUGACGACGACGACGAAAAGUUCAUCUACCCAGCCGACCUUGCAAAUAGAGCCAACCAUAUUAGCUGGAAAAUUCCAUUGACAAGCCUUCGGUUUACUAUUUCGAUAACAUCUCCUCGACUAAUGCCUAUAACUAAAGACAAUAUAACAAGAUAUAUACCUGUUUCCGAAGAAACUCUUAACGAAAGGCUUCAUUUGACGCUGUCUAUAAUCAUCAUGGCAAUAACUUUUUUUAAUUAUAUUGCUAUUGCAGAUAGUUUUUAUCAAUAUUAUGUCAUAUUACAUUUCUAG